AUGGAUCAGAUGGUGGAGAUGCAGCUGCGUUGGGAGGAAAGGAUGGCGAGGUUCAACCCUUCGGUGGAGAUUAACUUUGAUACGAGUGGCGAGCCCCCUUCACCUAGUCCUAGCACUGAUGCUGCUCGAGAGCCAGAGCCAGAGCCAGAGCCAGAGCCAGCCACUAUGGAUGCCCCUUCCACCGAGUCUUGA